AUGCCACGGCUGGGAAUUGACAACGAACCAAUCACACGUGUUCUUCCUUCUUCACAGAGAGAUGCGAAGGGCCAGCACUUGUUCGACCUCCUGUGUCACCAUCUGAACCUGCUGGAGAAAGAUUACUUCGGAAUCCGAUAUGUAGAUCCUGACAAGCAGAGGCACUGGUUGGAGUUUACAAAAGGGAUCGCCAAACAAUUGAGAUCUCGCCCGCCAUUCAUCAUGUGCUUUCGAGUGAAGUUCUAUCCUCCAGACCCAGCGGCUCUAAAAGAAGAAAUCACCAGGUAUCUCGUUUUCCUGCAAGUGAAGAGAGAUUUGUACCACGGACGGUUGCUGUGUAAGACAUCUGAUGCAGCUUUGCUGGCAGCGUACAUAUUACAAGCAGAGAUCGGAGACUAUGAUCCCGGGAAACACCCCGAAGGGUACAGUUCCAAGUUCCAGUUCCUCCCGAAACACUCUGAGAAGCUGGAGCGACGGAUUGCUGAGAUCCACAGGAGCGAGCUCAGUGGCUUGUCCCCCGCCGCGGCAGAGCUGUGUUUUCUGAGGAAAGCUCAGACCCUGGAGACGUACGGAGUGGACCCCCAUCCUUGUAAGGAUGUCUCUGGGAAUUCUGCAUUUUUGGCCUUUACUCCUUUUGGCUUUAUCGUGUUGCAGGGGAAUAAGAGGGUUCACUUUAUAAAAUGGAGCGAUGCCACAAAAAUGAAAUUUGAAGGAAAAACAUUUCAUUUAUAUGUGAGAGAGAAGGAGGAGAAGCGUCUUGUGUUGACCUUCAUCGCUCCCACUCCAGAGGCCUGCAAGCACUUGUGGAAAUGUGGCGUUGAGAACCAGUCAUUCUACAAACUGGAGAACUCCAACCAGGUCCGUACGGUCUCCAGUAGUAAUCUGUUCUUCAAGGGAAGCCGCUUCCGGUACAGCGGACGAGUCGCCAAAGAAGUGAUGGAAUCCAGCGCAAAAAUCAAGAGGGAUCCUCCUGAGAUCCACAGGGCGGGGAUGGUCCCGAGUCGCAGUUGUCCCUCCAUCAGCCAUGGACUGCGGUUUGAGCAGCGUUCCGCGGACUCGCAGGAGAGCCGUACACAUAUCCAUCAUGGAAGGUCUGGAGUCUCUCCGUGA